AUGGCGAUCAUCGAGGAGAAGGACAAUGCGCCAGUCUGGAAGUUGCAUAAUGUUGAUGCCACUUAUUGGGACGAGUAUAUCUCUACACGACCCAUUUAUGAUCACAAAAUCUUUGACCGUGUCAUUGACUAUCAAUCAUCUCAUUCCGCCAGCCAUUCGGCCGCGCUGGACAUAGGCACAGGCUCAGGUUCGGCUUUGGGGCCCCUGACCAAGAGUUUUGACCAUGUUGUCGCAACCGACAACGACCCCACGAGCCUGGAAUUCGCAAAAUCCAGACACUCCAGCAUACCUACUGAGCACCUUUCUUACACUCUUUCAUCGGGCGAAGACCUCCUUCAGCACCAUUCUCCCGGCUCAUUUGACUUGAUCACUUGUGCAGAGACAUUUCCCCUGAUGGACACACAAAUAGCGCUGUCCAACAUCUUCUCACUGCUGCGUCCGGGUGGUACACUUGCCGUUUGGUUCUACGGGCCACCUUUCUUCACUGAAGAAGAAUAUUCAACCACUUGCCAGCCGAUCCUCGACGCUCUCAUGGAUUGCAAAUUCCGUCCUGUUGUAAGUGGUGGGGAUGAAGCUCGCAUGAAAAGUUGGAAACGUGCAGCGGACGGGAAAUUCAGUUGGUUAGAUUACAUUCCAUUUGAUGCAAAGCUGUGGACCGACGUGCGCCGUCACAAGUGGAACACGCAGGCAAGACUCUCGUUCUUCACUCGCGAAGCCUGCGAUUUCCCCGUGGAAUGCGUUCGCAGCGUGGGACCGGACGAGGCACUCAGUGAAGAACAGGAUCCUACCUUUUGGGGCGUCAAGUGGAACUUCACCAAACUUAGAAGUUUCGUCAAUGCAAGUUUUCCAACACCAAACGGAUUGGUCGGGGAGCAGGAUAAGAUGGAGACACUCUUUGAGCAGCUUGCAAGUUGUAUGGGGGGCCAGGAGGCCGAGAGGACCUUCUCGUGGCCUGCUGUGCUCCUUACUGCAGCGAAGAAGGUAGAAAGUUAG